AGGGCGCCUCCCCGAGCCGGGCGGCGGCCGGGCGGUUGGCAGGGGUGGAGUCACGCCGUCCCCUCCCACACGGAGUACUCAGGCGAGGGAGAAGCUCGCUCGCCAUGUCGGUUCCGGAGGCGGGGGGUGUUUUCCACAGAGCCCGGGGCAGGACCCUGGACGCGUUCCCCUCAGAGGAGGAAAAGGAGUGGAAAGGGCCCUUCUACUUCAUCCAAGGUGCAGACCCCCAGUUCGGCCUGAUGAAGGCCUGGUCCAGCAGGGACCCUGACCACGGGGGUGAUGAGUGGGGCCAGGAGAUCCGGCUGACCGAGCAGGCCGUGCAGGCCAUCAACAAGCUGAACCCCAAGCCCAGGUUCUUCGUGCUGUGCGGGGACCUCGUUCACGCCAUGCCAGGGACGCCCUGGCGGAAGGAGCAGACGGAGGACCUGCAGCGGGUGCUGAGGCAGGUGGACCGCGAGAUCCCGCUGGUGCUGGUCAGCGGCAACCACGACGUGGGCAACGUGCCCACGGCCCAGACCAUCGCCGAGUUCCGCCAGACCUGGGGCGACGACUACUUCAGCUUCUGGGCCGGGGGCGUCCUGUUCCUGGUCCUCAACUCCCAGUUCCUGUUCGACGCCUCCCAGUGCCCCGCCCUGAAGCAGGCCCAGGACCAGUGGCUGGACGAGCAGCUGGGCCUGGCGGCGCAGCGGCGGUGCCGGCACGCCGUGGUCUUCCAGCACAUCCCGCUGUUCCUGCAGAGCAUCGACGAGGACGACGACUACUUCAACCUCACCACGGCCGUCCGCAAGGAGCUGGCGGACAAGCUGGCCGGAGCAGGUGUCAAAGCCGUGUUCUCGGGUCACUACCACCGGAACGCGGGGGGCACCUACCGGGACCUCGACAUGGUGGUGUCGUCCGCCAUCGGGUGCCAGCUGGGCCAGGACACCCACGGGCUCCGCGUGGUGGUGGUCACCGCGGAGAAGAUCGUCCACCGCUACUACAGCUUAGACGAGCUGAGCGAGCGGGGGAUCGACAGCGACCUCCUGGAUCUGAUGAAGGAAACAUGAGGCCUCCGCGCCCGUCACUUCUCGGCCACUGUGGUUUUCGUUUUGCCAGAGCGGCAGCUGCGCACAACCCCCUUCUGGAGAUGCGGGCGCGCCCCGGGCUGACCCGGGUUGAGCCUCGGGCGAAUCAGAGUCGGGGCGCUCCUCACCUGUAUUCAGAGUAGCGCGGCCGCCCUCCCUUCAGAUCAGAGGGAAGGGAAACCAGGAAAGAGGAAUAAACGGUACUGGAACGUCUCUGCGGGGUGCCUGACUCAGUUCUCCCGUCGGUGUGUUGGGGCCGCCUUUGCAUCCGGGUGUUCUCUGGGGUGUGCUGGGCGGGCUCUCAGCCUGAUACCCCCUGGAGUGAUCAUCUCUGCAGCCACCGCAUCUCAUUGUACCAGAUGGUGUCUCGGCGCCUAAAUCAUGUUUGCCAGACACACGAAGGUCCUCUCCUGCUUAACACUGUCCCCCAACACCACCCCAUGGAGACAUUUUAGCCAGGAGCUGAGCGGCCCACAUCUGCUCUUAAUUCCGAGACGUCUGUCCCUGGCAGUGAUGCGGCCGAUACAGCCAAAGCUCGCUCUGGCCUUCUUGGUGAUGAGAAAAAUCUCCUUUGCACGUAAAUUGGCCACAUAUAAAAAUUGCACCCAAGAGGCUAGACCCCUGCAGCCGGCCUCUGCAUGCCCUGACUGCACGCCGAGCUUCCCACACCGCCCACGGGGUGCCCUGCCCUUCCCCAGACCCCCUGUGUCUGCUUUGAGGAGCAGCGGCCUCCCUCGGGGCACCGCCCUCGAGAAACAAAGCUGAAAUUCUAAUGGCGCAUUAUCUAAAUUGGCACCAACUGUGGUUAAACUCGCCAGUGCAGUAGCCCUUGACGGUUUAAAAUCAGCACUGUUCGUGUGCUGUCUGCUCCGCUGCGUCUUCCUGCAGCUCCCGGCCCAGCAUAAUCUCGCCCACACGGUCAUUCACAGCAGCUGUCCUCGACAACCGGGAGCCAGGUACCCCCAGUCCAGCCAGGGAAAUGUCACCGCAGUUUAUGGUAGAUUUGUCAUCCUGAGACAACUCUCAGGACCGACUGGUUACAGAUGAACCGCUCCGUCCAGCCGUGGGAGAAGUCGCAGGCAGUGUAGCAAAACCCAGAGAUUAAGUAGAAAGAUAAUUGGAGAUGUCCAUUCAUGAGGCACAGAAGAAAAGCAGCUGAUUAUGCUGCCGAGCAGGGACACACCGUAGCUGCUUGCACGGCCCAAGAAGAUUAAAAUUUGUCAAAAUGACAAUAUUCCUGUUCACUAGUUUGCUGCAUCCUUGCUUUGUCUUGGUUUUUCUUUUUUUAAAAGAUGUGUUUACUUAUGCAC